UGCUGUGCACCAAUAGGAAUCAGAAUUGUACAAAGCAAUCUAGUCCCUGCCCCCAUGCAGCCUUAGCGCUGUAACACUUAGAAUGGAAGAGCUCGAGGAGAGAGACAGCACUGAGCUCGUUUUUUAAAGAUGUAGAUAUAUGAAUUACAGCUUACAACCAUGCUCUUACACUGUGAAAGGCUUUAUUUGGAUACAUUUCCUGAUAUUCGGGAUUAUACAAUUAUUAUUUACAAGAUCUCGAUUGGAAUACAUAUUUAAAAGCGGACCAAGGAUGACAAAGACAAUAGGAUACCGAGACUGGAGAUGGCAGGCGCUAUUUUGGCAUCAUUUCUUUCUCUUGUGGAGUACAAUAGACGGACAGACUCGUUACAGCAUCCCGGAGGAGCUGAAACAGGGCUCUGUGGUAGGAAAUAUUGCCAAAGAUUUGGGUCUGGGACUAUCAGAGAUUUUUGAGCGAAGGCUGCGUGUCGCCUCUGAGGCCGGUAAGCAGUAUUUCAGCGUGGAUUCGGGGAAGGGCGAGCUGAUAGUAAAUGACCGACUAGACAGAGAGGCUUUGUGUGGACAAAGCGCCAGCUGUGUUCUACCUCUGCAGGUUGUUAUUGAAGACCCUUUACAGUCUCAUCGAAUUGAAGUGGAAAUACGAGACAUAAAUGACAAUUCUCCUAGUUUCCUUUCAAGUGAAUUAUCUUUAAAAUUAGCAGAAUCCGCAGCCGUGGGUACCCGUUUCCCAUUGGAGAGCGCGCAGGAUCCUGAUGUUGGAAGCAAUUCCUUGAAAACCUACUCUUUAAGCAGAAACGAUUAUUUUUCUCUCAAACUCAAAGACACGAAAAAUGGUAGAGCUGUCCCAGAAUUAGUUUUAGAGAAGCCAUUAGACCGUGAAAAGAAUGCACAGCACCAAUUAAUGUUGACAGCGUUAGAUGGAGGAAACCCGGUCAAAUCGGGGACCUGCAAGAUUAUAAUCACUGUACUUGAUAAUAAUGACAAUUUCCCAAUAUUCAGUGAACAUGAGUACAAGGUUUCUUUGAAGGAAAACAGUACCAAAGGAACCUUUGUGAUCAAACUUACAGCUACGGAUGCUGAUGAGGGUCUUAAUGGUGAAGUAAAAUAUUCCUUUGGGUCUCGCACUCCAGACUUAGUGUCAUCAACAUUUGAAAUAAACGAAAAGACGGGAGAAAUUGUUUUAAGAGGAGCUUUAGAUUAUGAGAGUACAAAAUCCUACCUGAUCGAUAUUACUGCAAAAGACAACGGCACUCCCGAAAUGGAGGGACAUUGUCGCGUUCAGGUGGACGUAGAGGACAUAAAUGAUAAUGCUCCAGAAAUAGUACUUACAUCUAAACCCAGUCCGGUGCGUGAGGAUGCACCAAGUGGCACAGUGGUGGCUUUAAUCAGUGCUCGAGAUCUUGAUUCCGGUGAUAACGGUAAAGUGAAAUUACAGCUUCGUAAAGGUUCUCCUUUUUCUCUUAAACCAUCAUUUUCUAAUAACUACGAGCUGCUUACCAGUGGUCCAUUAGAGAGAGAGAGUUUCUCAGAGUACAAUAUUGAGAUAACAGCCACUGACUCAGGCUCUCCUCCUCUGUCCAGUAAGAAAACUAUACCUGUCAGCAUCACUGAUGUGAAUGACAACCCUCCUGUAUUCACUCAGCCCUCCUAUAAUGUGUAUUUAAAAGAGAAUGGAGUACCAGGCUCUAUCCUGUACUCAGUAUCAGCAUCUGACCUGGAUUUUGGUGAAAACGCCAAAAUCUCUUACUCUAUACUGGACUCUAAAGUGCAGGACGUUUCUGUGUCCUCUUAUGUUUACAUUAACUCAGAUAACGGCAGCAUCUACAGCAUGCACUCGUUUGACUAUGAGAAACUGAAGGUGUUUCAGAUUCAGGUUCAGGCAAAGGACCAGGGCUCUCCUUCUCUCAGCAGCAACACCACUGUCCAUGUUUUUAUCCUGGACCAGAACGACAAUGCCCCCGCUGUUAUUUACCCCUCCUCCGCUGCCAUGGGCUCCCUCUCUCAUCAGAGGAUGCCCCGCUCGGCUAAAGCGGGUCACCUGGUUACUAAGGUGACGGCCGUGGACGCAGACUCGGGCCACAACGCGUGGAUCUCCUACAAAGUGUCGGAGGCCACAGACGCCUCUCUGUUCACUGUCAAUCUGUACACAGGGGAGGUGAGGACUAAACGCGCUGUGUCCGAGCAGGACGACUCCUCUCAGAGGCUGCUUAUAGAGAUCAAGGACGACGGGGAACCGGUCCAAUCCGCCACCGUCACGGUGUCCAUCCUGCUGGAGGACGGCCUCCAUGAGCCCAUCUUAGACCUCCGACAGAAAGUGUUCGAGCCCAGCAAGAAAACUGGCAGAAUCACCCUUUAUUUGAUCCUCUCUCUGGCCUCGAUUUCCGUGCUGUCUCUGGUGACUUUUCUCAUCUUAACGGUGAAAUGUAUCAGGAACAGCAGAAACAGCGCGAGUUGCUGCACGAGACAGAGUGACUGUGACGAUUACAAGAACCCCAACAGAAACCUGCAGAUUCAGCUCAACACUGAUGGACCUAUAAAGUACGUGGAGGUCCUGGGAGGAGACAUGUUGUCUCAGAGUCAGUCCUUCAGGUCCUGUAUGUCUCCUAUGUCAGAGUACAGUGAUUUCACUCUGAUUAAACCCAGCAGCACCACUGACUUUAAGGAGGUCAUCAGUGUCCUGGAUGCGUCUUUACCCGACAGCACCUGGACCUUUGAGAGCCAGCAGGUGAGCAGAGUGACGAACAAACUAUAACAUACCCCCUUUUCU